AUGCGUGCUCCGCAGCCACAUUCACACUUCAGAGAUUCAUGUACUCGUCAUCAUCACCGUUCCACAGAUACAAAAAUGUCCGGUAAUGACUAUACAUUCUUUUCUGCUACAAACGUUCCCUUGGCCGAUUGGGCUAUCAAUUGCCAAAGGGCAGAAUUGCUUUUACAACGACUACCAGGUUCUUUACAUCCAAGUGAUUCUAAAGAUAAUACACAUGUUUCUGAUGACAUGAAUUCUACGUCAAGUGCAGUGGCUCUGAUACCUGCAUUAUUAGCGGGAAGUGAUAUAUAUAAGGAAUGCACCUCCAUAUCGCAUGAUUAUAGAUUGACAGUAGCGCAAUAUUCGUUUAUCAGAUCUCUUGCUAUAAAUGCAGACACCAAGCAUAUAGUGGACAAUUAUCUAUUGAACUUGGCCAUUGAAAAUCAAUGUAAUCUAAAUUACAAAAAAAGGUGUUUGGAAUUUGCCAAUUGGAAAUUACUACAUUGCAAUUAUAUGGGCAAAUUGACAAGACAAGAAAAAGCCAUUGUUUGGUCCCAUUGCCAAUCAGAACUUUAUCAACUCUUGGGAUUGAAUUGGACUCCUGAUGAUCCAAACACGUUAAACUUUUAA